AUGGAUGCUGCUAGAGGGGGGGUCAAUUUUGUUCGGAUCUUCUUCUACAGUGGUAACACUAUCAGCGCUGAACGCAAAAAGAGCCUGGUAGCUCUAGCCUAUGCGACAGCACGGGAUCAACUGCUGGCUCCUAAGGCAAUCUUGAUUCGAUCCGACAUGCACAAUACCACCACGAACAAAGGCCGACAUAUGAUGGAUCCUAAAGGCUGGCAUGGGACCUUCGCUUUCAAGGCCAGCGAUCAACUCCUACGUGAAUACCAUGUAGCGUCACACGGAUAUACCAACGGCAAAGAGGACUUUACUCUUAAGGAAGCUACUCAUACCUCAGAGAAAGCGGACAACACUCGCCGUGGCGGGCCCCAGUCUGAUAAGGUUGUCUGGCCACCUGAAGAGUUCCUUGAAGAAUAUAAAGAGAGUCCCAUCGCCUACUCACACCUACCUGGUCAAGGAUAG